AUGUUAGAUUUGGGUGCUUUCAUAAAUGUUAUGCCUCGUUCUAUUUAUAACAUGCUAAAUCUCGGGCCUUUAAAAGAGACAGGUAUAAUAAUUCAACUUACUGAUAGGUCAAAUGCUUAUCCUGAUGAGGUUUUGGAAGACAUAUUGGUUCAAGUAGACAAAUUGGUUUUUCUUGCAGACUUUUAUGUGCUUGACAUAGAGGAAGAUAAUUCUGCUAAUUCACCCUCAAUUUUAUUAGGAAGACCAUUUUUUAGAACUUCUAGGACCAAAAUUGAUGUCUAUUCUGGAACACUGACUAUGGAGUUUGAUGGCGAUAUUAUAAAAUUCAAUAUUUAUGACGCCAUGAAAUAUCCUAAUGAAUCUCAUUCAGUCUAUGUUAUAGAUGUAAUUAACUCUUUGAUGCAGCAUACUUUUGAACUAACAAAUGAUGAUGCUUUGAAAGUUGCUCUUACUCAUGGCCUUGAUCGGGAGUAUAUUCAGGAGAUGAGAGGGAAGUUUGACCUUUCUCUUGAAUUGUGGGUAAGUCCUAUACAAGUGGUCCCCAAAAAGACGGGGAUAACUGUUGUUGAAAAUUCAAAUGGCGAGUUGAUGCCCACCCACGUUCAAAACGGAUGGCGAGUUUGCACAGAUUUCAGAAAAUUGAAUGCCUUAACUCGAAAGGACCAUUUUCCACGACUCUUUAUUGAUCAAAUGCUGGAAAGAUUGGCAGGAAAAUCUCACUAUUGUUGCCUUGAUGGUUUUUCAGGUUUUCUUCAAAUUCUGGUAGCAUCUGAGGACCAAGUGAAAACUACUUUCACUUGUCCAUUUGGUAUAUUUGCAUAUCGAAGAAUGCCCUUCGGUCUUUGCAAUGCCCCCGCUACAUUUCAGAGGUGUAUGGUUAGUAUAUUUUCUGACUUUGUAGAAAACAUUAUAGAAGUGUUCAUGGAUGAUUUUAUGGUCUAUGGUGAUUCUUUUGAUGCAUGUCUCGCUAACCUCACUAAGAUACUUGAACGGUGCAUCGAGACAAAUCUUGUUUUAAACUAUGAGAAAUGUCAUUUUAUGGUAAAUCAAGGCAUAAUUUUGGGACAUGUGGUGUCCUCUAAAGGAAUUGAAGUAGAUAAAUCUAAGGUAGAAGUCAUUAAGUGCUUACAUUACCCUGCAAGUGUGGGGGAAGUUCAUUUUUUUCUUGAUCAUGCAGAUUUCUACCGACGCUUUAUUAGGGAUUUUUCGAAAAUAUCUCAUCCUCUAUGCCAACUACUUCAAAAGGAUGUAGAGUUUAAUUUUGAUGAAGCCUGUAAAGUUGUUUUUGAUGCACUCAAGGAAUCACUGACCUCAGCACCAGUUGUCCAGCCGCCAAAUUGGAGUUUACCUUUCGAAAUCAUGUGUGAUGCAAGUAAUUAUGCUGUUGGUGCUAUACUUGGCCAAAAUAAUGGGAGAGCGUCUCACGUCAUUUAUUAUGCUUCAAGAACUCUAGACAGUGCUCAGUGCAAUUAUUCGACAACGGAAAAAGAACUUUUAGCUAUAGUUUUUGCUUUAGAAAAAUUCUGUUCAUACUUACUUGGCACUAAAGUAAUUGUCUAUUCUGAUCAUGCAACGCUUAAGUACUUGCUCACCAAGAAGGAGGCGAAGCCAAGACUCUUGCGGUGGAUUCUUCUACUCCAAGAAUUUGAUUUAGAAAUUCGGGACAAAAAAGUGCUGAGAAUUUGGUUGCAGAUCACCUCAGUCGAUUGGGCUCAGAAGGAUAAAAUAAAAAAUGAUGCUAAAUAUUAUGUAUGGGAUGAACCAUACUUGUGGAAAUUUUGCUCUAACCAAGUUAUUCGCAAGUGUGUUUCAGAUGAGGAAAUCCCUUCUAUUCUCUCUUUUUGUCACGCAUAUGCUUGCGGUGGACAUUUUGGUCCCAAGAGGACUACUUAUAAAGUUUUAGAAUGUGGUUUGUUUUGGCCUACUUUGUUUUGUGAUUUUUACACAUUUUGUAAGACUUGUGAGAGUUGUCAAAAGACAGGUAAUUUAGGAUAUAGAGACCAAAUAUUGUCCCUUACUCCGAUACUUGUUUGCGAAAUAUUCGACAUAUGGGGUAUUGAUUUUGUGGGUCCAUUUCCCUCCUCUUUUGGCCAUGUAUAUAUUCUUCUUGCUGUAGAUUACGUUUCCAAAUGGGUCAAAGCUAAGGCUACUCGGAUUGAUAAUGCUAAGGUUGCGGUAGAUUUUGUCAAAUCUAAUAUUUUUGUCAGGUUUGGUACGCCAAGAGCAAUUAUUAGUGAUCGUGGGAAGCACUUUUGUAAUCGCGUAGUGGAGGCAUUGAUGAAGAAAUAUGGUGUCACCCAUCGUGUUUCUACUUCAUAUCAUCUGCAAACCAGUAGGCAGGCUGAGACUUCCAAUAAAGAAAUCAAAUCUAUAUUUGAAAAGACGGUGAAUCCAAAUAGGAAGGAUUGGAGUCUGCGCCUUGGGCUUAUCGAACAGCUUACAAGACUCCCAUAG